CAACUCGAGUACGACUUUUUCGUGGAAAUUGAUCCGCUUCUGCUGGAACCGCUAAUUUCAAAGUGUAUAUUUGUCCCGCUAGGAUCAGACAACGAGGGACGGCUGGUCAUUACCAUGAGGAUAGGGCAGUUUGAUACCAAAACCACUUAUCCGGAGGAGCAGUCUCGGUUGAUUAGCUUGGCCCUAGAAACGUACCUAGAUACGGAGCUUUAUCAAGUGAACGGGCUAGUUUUGAUAAUGGAUUUUCAAGAAACGACGAUGGCCCAUUUUGGAAUUUGGACGUUUCCCAAACUGAAGGUAAUCAUCAAUGCCAUGAACGAGAUAGUAACGUUUCGGAUAAAGGAAAUUCAUAUAGUGCAACUGCCCAAGUAUGGCGCAAUAUUAGCUGAUUUUGCCAUAGCAGGUCUCUCAGAAAAGUUACGACGCAGAAUUAAGUUUCACAAGACGCUGGACGGUCUGAAGGGUUCCAUUGAUGAAUCCGUCUUACCGACAAUCUAUGGAGGCAAGCAAACGUUGGAGGAUGCAAAUAAAGAAUUUCUCAGGCGUACCUUCCAGGAGCGGAACCGACUCCUGAAGCAAACAGAAAUGUACAUCGAUCUGUCGAUUCCGUCACCAAACGCCCAAAGCAAGAGCAACAGCGGGCUUCAGCGUGAAUUUGCCGAAGAGUCCGUGAUUGGAAGCUUUCGUCAAUUAAAUGUCGACUAGGUUACUGGGUUCGACUAGGAUCGGCUAGGUAGCUUGAUUGAAGCCAUAGGAAUUAGCUUGAUAAAUAGCUCUCGAUAGCUGACGUAUGUGAUAAUGUUAAAAACUAAAUUAUUAAAGGUGAUGUGUAGACAAAUGCUUUAUUUUUGUUGGGAAUUAUUUGUCAUAUAGGGAAAAGAUCAGUAAACAACAAAAAUACUGAAAAUACAACGAGUCAGAUAGGGCGGUCGCGAUUUAUGGUGUGAGAUUAGAUUUGUUGAUUUCGGAAAAUUCAUUUUGUAAAGUGAUAUUUCGAAGCAAAGCAAGGACUUUUUUGAUAAAUAUUUAUAUUUAAACACGUAUAUUAUCAUUA